UUCUUGACCUGUAUUUUUUUUUUUUCUUUUUUAUUUUUUGUUGUCACUUCCAAGGGUUGGGACUUUGUCUGGAAAUAGGUACCAGAGACACUUUCUUGGUACUUGGCAGUUGAAGGGAUCAAUACUAAUGUGUGGCCAAUUAAAUCCUUUUUACCACCUUUUGCAUCCAAAGGCACAUAAGAUCUUGGCACUCUGCUCAAGGGUCUGCAAAAGUAUAAUUUAGAUUAAAUUCAUCUUAAGACAGGUACAUGCUGUAUGCUGAAAAUGAUUUUCUUUCAAAAAUGUUCAGUUACCAAUUCAUUGAGGAGCCAAAGUUGUACUUCAAAAUUUCUAAUUAUUUAAUUUUUAAAUUUCUGAGGUUAACAUUGCUUCCUGUAAGACUGGAAGCAGCUUUCCAGGCUUUCAAUUAUGAUUUUCUCACUAAAUGCAAGACAUUUGGCCAUGAUCUCCCCAGUGAAACGAUAUUUGAUGACUCUCCCCUGUGGAACACAUAUUUUAGUCUCGAGCAAGGAUAUGAAGAGGAGUAAAGGAAGAUUGACCCCAGUACAUCGGUUUGCAGGUCAUAUGAAAAUCAGUAUCUGCAACAAUAACUUAUUUUUUCCAAAAAGCAAUGGAAGAGAGAAGGCGAAGCAUAUUCAAAGUGACAGCACUGCAGAGUGGCUUUGUCCGCCCAAGUUCAGAUUACCACUUUGGAUCUUUGGAGCAGUUCCAGAAGGAAGAUUUGUCAUUGCCUGCCUUAAGUUGCAUUCUAAAAGGUCCAUGUGGAGUGAGCUUUUAGUCCCAAGUAUGUGACAAGCAAGAAAUAACAUGGAGGGACUUGCAGAUCUGAUCUUAAAGCAUGAAGAUGCAUAGCUGUUUCUUUGAAAAUAAGAAAACAAUGCCAAAAUCUUGAUUAAGUUUUAUGUGGAGUGGGACUAUUAAUUUGACCUUUAAGAUUUCAGUCUAGUAUCUUAUCUUGUUCUUUGAGAAAUCGAUGUGUUAUUGUCUUGAAGCAGUUGUUUUGAAUUCCCUUGUUGAACUUGUAUUUUGACUUGGAAUGAUGACUUUGUAUUGAGUUUUUCAUCCAUCUUGAAUUUUCUUCUUUGCUAGAUGCAGAAAAGUAACAAGUUUGGUCAAA